CCGAGCUUUCUGUGUUUUGUUUGCAUAUUAUAACAUCACAUCCGCGUCUUCUUUCGCUCUGCAGACUACACCGACCAUGACGUCAAGGUGCUACGUGGAAAGGAAGUAGCGAGCAUGCUAAUGCUAAUGGGGCUACAAGUUGAGUGCGACCAAAACAAACGAUGACGGCCGCGAAAAGGAGCCGACAAAGCUUGUAUUAACCAUGGGAAUGCGUUUGCUUUGAUCGCUGUAGUAGAGUUUAGAUACGGCAUUAGUGAUACCUGUAUUUCUACAUGAGAAAUUAUGCGAUUUUGAAUGUCAGAUGGCCAGUUUGCGAGCUGUAACUGUAUCUGGGAUUGAUGCUGCCCCUGUACACUAACGCUAUGCGUUGGCUAACCUACAGCUUUGCUAACUAGCUAUGUGGUAGCUAGCUGUCAACAUAGCUUUUCAGUACAGAACACAAUUUGAAAUUACGAAAUAUUGUUCGUACCAGGUUAUCGUUGAUGACGAAAAAUGCACAGACAGUUAAAGUGACGGCUCUUUGUUUGGUAAAGCCAAAUUCCCGUUAAGAUCCGUGUAACAAUUUCUUAAUUUGGUGAUAGCUAGGUAGCAUAACAGUCAACAUGAGUUGGUUCAACUCAUCUCUGUCCAGCUUCGCUAAACAAGCUUUAACAACAGCUCAGAAGUCAAUCGACCGAGUUCUGGACAUCAAAGAAGAGGACCAAUGGGGCGACACGGUUGUAAUGCCCUAUGAUGAUGUUACUAUACCUGGAAAGCUGUCAUUGAGCGGAGGAUGGGGAAUGACACAAUGGGAAGCGCCCCCUGAAGAAAGGACCACCACUCCCCCUCCUUCCUCUGAGGCCAUUACUACUCCUGUCACCCGCACAGUUGUGGAUGAAGCAGAACACUUUUUCAGUGUCUUUCUGCCACCCGGAGAUGUACAAGGUGUCACCAACACCCAGGUAGUGUCUGUACCUCCUACUAAGUCUCAAAGGAGGCCUCAGGAGAAGGAAAAAAAAAGCAAAGAGGCGGUGGCACAUGAAGAAGUGGAGACUCAAAAUUCAGCAGCUGCUGAUGAGUUUCAUGAGAAUCAGACUGCUGCUGAGAGCCAGCCAGUUGAGCCGGAGUCCUCACCACCACAAUCUUAUACAGACACUAUCCUCCUGCAGCCAGUAUCUCCUCCUUCUCCCAGCGAUCUUCCUUGUAACCCUGAUAGCAAAACGCUUGAUGUAAAAACAGAUACAGUUUCUGUAGACUUGACAACAGAGCAAUCACAGUCUCCAUCAGACCACCAGGUCGAGCAGGACACCACAGACUCCUCUGAACCUGCUGCUGUACCUUCUGAACGUAAGAGCUCUACACCUUCUGAUCCUUCGCCCUCCCCGCCCUCUAAGGAAGUACUCAUCGAGCAUAAAGACUCAAAAGUGGAGGACCGUCAAAAUGAUACACCCUCUCCUCCAGUCAGCGCUUUCUCCUCAGGAACCUCCACCACCAGUGACAUUGAAGUGCUUGACCAUGAGUCUGUGUUGAGUGAGAGCUCAGCCAGCUCCAGACAAGAAACUGGGGAGGGCAAGGCUGGCCUUCACCUAAUGCAGGGCUCUUUCCAGCUUCUCACUGCCUCCACCUGUGGAGAUUUCCCCCGUCUGGAGGACUAUUCCAAACUCACAGAGAGCUGCGGCUCCUCCUCGGACGCAUUCGAGCGCAUAGAUUCAUUCAGCGUGCAGUCGUUGGAUAGCCGUAGUGUGAGCGAGGUUAACUCCGAUGAUGAGAUCCCCAGCAGUCGGACGCUAGCGUCUGUCACUACGGGCUCUCCUCCUUUAACUGUGUCAUCAGCUGUGUGUCAUCAGCAGGAAGAUGGAGUAGUAGAGGAGGAAGAGGAGGAGGAGGAGGAGGAGGAAGAGGGCUUUACUGAAACAAUGAGGGAGCAGUCGCUGGAUGAGAUGGAAGAGAGUGGACGGAGUGCGACUCCUGUUAAUAGUGAGCAGCCUGAAGAGUGGACAGAACAGGAGCAGGAAUAUGAGGCUAAUGUCACGCCGUCUGAUCCCGCCUCCAACGCUGAGGAACAGAUCACUCCACCAAUCACUGAAGAGAUGAAAAGUGUCUCGACAGUUCAGAUUUUGGAGCUUCAAAAGGUUAUUGAUCAGCUGUCCGGCCGCCUUGAGAAGAGAGAGGCUCAGCUGCUGGCAGUCAGCAAAGACAAGGCCGGGCUGGAGGAGCAGUGUGACAACCUCAAAGACGAAGUGAUAAGCCUGAAGGAGGAGAGCUCCACCGUUCAGUCCCUAAAGGAUGAGUUCACCCAGCGCAUAGCAGAUGCAGAGAGGAAGGCUCAGCUGGCCUGCAAAGAAAGAGACAUAGCCAAGAAGGAAAUAAAGGGCUUGCGAGAAGAGCUUUCUACAAGACUUCACUCCAGUGAUACACUGGAGAUCAUCAGAGAGAAGGAAGAGCAGAUCAGAGGCCUGCUGGAAGAAGGUGAGAAAUUGUCCAAGCAGCAGCUGCAGCACACCAACAUCAUCAAGAAGCUGCGUGUGAAAGAGAAGGAGAGCGACACAAGGAUCACAAAACAACAGAGAAAAACCAAGGAGCAGGAGGAGGAGCUCAGGCAACUGCAGCAGGUUCUAGAUGGGAAGGAGGAGGUGGAGAAGCAGCACAGGGAGAACAUCAAGAAGCUGAACGCUGUGGUGGAGCGGCAGGAGAAGGAGCUGAGCCGGCUGCAGACAGACUCUGAGGAGCUGCAGGAGACGAACAGGAGCCUCCAGGCUGCUCUGGACAACUCUUACAGGGAGCUGGCAGAGCUUCACAAGACGCAGGUCAGCAGAGCCAGUGAGGCCGAAGAAGCAGCUCUUAGCAGGGAAACACAGGCCAAGGAGCUGCUGAGCGUAGCUCUAGAGAAGGCCCAGGAGGAGGCCAGGAUGCAACAGGAGGCUCUGGCCAAUCAGGUGGCUGAUCUGAGACUGGCUCUGCAGAGGGCUGAGCAACAGCAAGCAAGGAAGGAAGAUUAUUUAAGGGAGGAGAUCCGUGAGCUUCAGCAGAGGCUUCAGGAGGCAGAGACCAGGAACCAAGAGCUCAGUCAGAGUGUUACCUCGGCAACACGGCCCCUACUGCGACAGAUUGAGAACUUGCAAGCCUCAUUGGGCGGACAGACGGCAUCCUGGGAGAAACUGGAGAUGAACAUCUCUGACAGGCUAGCGGACGCCCAGGCACACCUGGCCGUUGCUGUGGAGAAGGAGCGAUCAGCAACAGAAGACCUUCUGUCCAUCAGGUCCCAGCAGGCCUCUCUGGAGUCCCAGGUUUCCCUGUUCCGCCAGGAGAAGGCCCGACUCCUGGCACAGCUGGAUGCUGAGAAGAACAAGAGAGAGAAACUGGAGGAUGAGAGCAUCAGGGAGCAUGUUGAUUUGGAAAACCUGCGAGGAGAACACACCCGCAUGCUAGAAGAGGCCAAGAAAGAAAAGCUGCUGCUGACAAAUCAGUUAGAGAUGGAGAAGAUGAAGGUGGAGCAAGAGAAGAAGAAAUGCUACUUGGCACAUGAAACACUCAAGGAAAAGGAGCGGAAGGCCAUGACUCACUCGCUAGGAGAGCCCCCGGCCUCCUCCACACCCUCCCUGUCCCGCUCUAGCUCCAUCAGUGGGGCAGACAAUGCUGCUCUACACUCGUCAAUUAUUUCCCAGGUAAACACUGGAAGAAAUGUUCAACUCUAG